UAUAAACGGCUGGAUGGGAGCAGUGCAGGGGGGGGUGGCCGUUUACUACCUCCCCGCCCCCUGAUUGUGUACGCUCCCUGGGAGCGCGCAGCACCACGAUCCGGUGCCCGCUAUGUCCUCCGGACACAGUGGAACACGAUCGUUGUACAGGACCUCUGGCCAAUCAGUGAUCACAUGCAAAGUAGUAAGCAAGAUGUCACUUCUGACAUCAUUGCUUACUAUGUGUGAAAUCUGUGAAUGAUCACAGAGGUCACAUGGUACAAGGCUAUUCACAAAAGCCUUGUACCAUGUGACAAGCUGUGACCAAUCACAGCUCACUCAGU